UAUGCAGAAAUAUCCAAAUCCCAUGAACCCCAGUGUGGUUGGCGUUGAUGUCCUAGACCGGCAUGUGGAUCCGAGUGGAAAGCUGCAUAGUCACAGAUUGCUCAGUACAGAAUGGGGCAUGCCCUCCAUCGUAAAAUCAGACCUCCUUGAGAGAUAGCAAGAAACUAUGAUUUCUCACUGCAUGAAUGAGUCUGAGUCCUAGACUUGGAUUCCCCUCUCCCCUUGCUUGCUUAGAGGCCUCUGUUGAAAGCUUCCACUUCUCAUCUUAAAGUAACCAUAGUUCCUGCGAUGUCCAAACUCAAAACUGCAGCUUGCUUAAAUUAUAGGAGUAACAAACAAGGACCAAACAAUGGCUUCAGAUUUUGACUUGUUCUUAAACAAGUUAUAAACAAACCGUAGAUCUGAGACACAAGGGGAAUUAUGGUUCAUUUAAAACCCAGAGCAGGAGCUUUUGCAUUCCUCCUGAGAAAUGAAGGGGGAAGGACUCCGGGGGAGCAGAAGCACACACAGGAGCUCGAGCUAAUUGGUGCUUGUAGAACCAGAACAUAUAUUCAAGAACACUCCAUAGUUGAUCCAGUGGAGAAGGUAAUGGAGCUGAAGUCUACUAAUAUUUCAUUUACAAAUCUGGUAUCCGUAGAUGAGAGACUAAUUUAUAAACCCCAUCCUCAAGAACCGGAAAAAACGGUUUUGACUCAAGAAGCAACAAUUUGUGUGAAAGGGGUUAGCGUCAGCAGUUACCUGGAAGGACUGAUGGAAAAUACAAUAUCUUCAAAUGCUAAAAAAGGACGUGAAGCACUGGAAUGGGUGAUCAACAAACUGAAUGCCGAAAUAGAGGAAUUCACAUCAUCCGCGAGAGGAAACAUAAGGUCCCCCAUGGCAGCGGCAGCCUUUGCAGAGAAAUAGCAUAAAGCUAUAUAUAUCUACAACAGUAGUGUCUGGAACGAACUUCCUUGAAGCUGGAAAUAUUUAUUCUACCUAUUUAAAGAAAGCAGAUUUGUAGAUUAAAUUUAAAAAUUAAAACUUGGAAGGGUUACAUACAUGAAGGUAAUAUGCAUGAAUGAGUUCUGUUGGACUGCACAUUCAUUUCAGCUGUAAUAAUCCAACACUCGAAAUGAUACCUGUGUUUGCAGGAAUUACACUUCCAGGCUGUAAAAAGCCUUCAGUAGAGCUAGCUGUGGAAGGUUUGUCUGUCAGAGAUUCCUACUUUGUUAGAAUUCAACUUAACCUGGAUUCUGCCACUUUUGGGAUCAUCCCCCAAAAUGAAAGAACUACCGUGGGCACAAAGGCUUGAGCAGUUUUGAAAGGACUUUGAUUGGAAGAACAAUAGUUAUUACUUGAAAUAUGAUUUAUACUGAAAUGCUUUUUUUGUAUGCUGUUGUCAUGAAUGUUAUAAUUUGCUAACCUGAAACCUGUGGUACUUAACAUGUGUCCUUUAACUUAAAGCAUUGAGCUGUAUAAUAUAUGUGUCAUACUUUUGAAAAUCUAAUAGCAAAGAUUUUUACUAGCCAAAUUUUGAAUGCUACAUAAUUAGAGAGACUUGAACUCAAAAGUUCUCAGUUUUAGUUUUGUGUAUUCCCUAUUUAGAAAGAGCAGUGUAACAGUUGGAAAAAGUCAUUUGUUCACAAGUUAAUCUUUGGUUCUACAGUUUCUAGCUGAAGGCAGAAGUAUAUGUUCUAUUUCCAAUGAAAUGAAACAUUGUAAAAUGAUGUUUUCUACAGUCUCUUAGCAAGUCAUCAUAGAUUAUUGAAAUUUUUGAAAUGGCACUUUGUCAUAUUUUAUUUCUAAGGAACAAAAGAAAAUAAGUAGCUUAAUCUUAUCACAAAGUACCCUUGAAUUCAAUAGCUAAAAUAAUACCUAGAUUCCCAUAAUCUUCCUCCAUUUGAAGGCAGUAUUCAUAGAAGAACCUAAGAAUGGAAUAUAAAAUAAUAAUGGCAUUCACUUUAAGUUAACAUCUAUACAAUACCUUUGAUGUGAAGGAAUAAAGAAAAAGUCUAAUGUCUUCCUGGAAUUUACUAUACUAAGUAGUAAGUGAUGGAAGCAAUAAUGGGUUGCAGGUCCGCUUUGAAAUUUCCUAUUUCUCUUUUCUCAGCUAGGCUUCGAGAACUUAAUGCAUGCAGUUUUCUGUGCCACUUACAAACUGUCUAUUACUAGUAAUACAAAAUGAGAGCUAGUUUUGAGAGUGCUUGUUAUAUCUCUGCUUCUUCAGAUGAGGGAGAGGGGAGGAACCUGUGUAUAUGCCUGAGAUAACAAAUGUUUACUUACAUAUUUAAAUUUUAAAUAUUUUUCUACUUGGAUUAAACAUUGUCUUUACUGCAUUUGUAAAAACUACAAAAGUAAUAUCUGGUGGGGUUUUUUUUACAUAUUGAGAACAUUAACUUAAUUAAAACAUUGUGUUUGAUAGUUAAAUGUCUGUUUUAAUUUUAGCAAGCUGUUCAGGUAGAUGGUGUAGUGAUCAAGUAAUGAGGGACACUGCAUCCAAAGUUUCUUUGUUCCUCUAAGAGAUGUCAAUCUCUCUCCCUUCCCCCACCCACCCAAUAUUAAUUAAAAAGACUACUAGGCUAGAAAGCUGAGUGCACAAUAUUUGCCAUGGUGGUCAGGGCUUUGGAUGAUGUGCUAGAUGGACAGUUUCACUCAUCUCCCCUCACUUAGGCUAUUCCAGCUUAGUUUACUGCUGUUUUCAUCUUUUCAGAGAACUGGAGUGGGGAGAUUCAAAUUCUGAGAAUCAGCCCUGCAACAUUUUUGUACAACUUGUGAUAUAAUAAGCAGACUCCUGCCCUACAGCAUAUUUACUGUAUUAUUCUAAAAUUAUUUAUCAUUGUAAAAUUAUUUUAUUGUUUCAUUAUUGCAUAUUUAGAAACAUAGCAAGUCAGAAGAGGCCUCCCAGGCCAUCUAGUCUGACCCCCAGCUCCAGCCAGUUGCACUUAUGAUAUGCCUACGAUAUGUAUCCUUGAACACCCUCACCAAUGGGACUUCAACCACCUCCUGUGGAAGCCCAUUCCAUACCUUAGGGGUCCUAACUGUCAGGAAGCACUUGCCACUUUCUAACUGUCAGGAAGUACUACAUUUAAUGAAAGCCAAUUGCUUCCAGUGUUUUAUUUCACUUUGUCUUCCAAUGUAUAUUAUGAAAAUCCACUGAAUGUCUCAGAUUUUAAGUUUCCACUUUAAUCCAAUUCUGCACACUUUUCUUAACAAACUUGUAGGCCACUCUGGUUUUACUUUUAUUUGCUAUUUCUGUGCAAUCCAACAACCAAGGUUCUGUGCAGUUUAAAGUAAAAAUGAAGGUGUCCUUGUUUCUAGAUAGUUGUCACCAGGGUAGCUUUGUGAAGGUCCUUGCUCAUCCUCUGUCUUGCACUGCAGCUGUUAGUUCUCAGAUCUGAGGGAGGACCAAAGAAAAGGAGGAUGCUUAAUCAGAGCAGCUGCACUAACAUGAGUUUCCCUUUGGAGGAUGCUCCCCACUCCAGUGUUUGAACACCUGUCUUGACUGUCUGAACCUUAAAUUACAGAAACUGUUCUCUGAACUUGCAUCCCAGUGCAAUUCCUUCCUUACAAAAAUACUCUAAAUCACAAGAAUAAAGUUAGAAUGAGGACAAAAACCAGUUCCUGCUGGGAUCCGUAAGGCAAGGGCAAACUUGCAAGGGAUGAGAGACUGCAGGUGCGGUGGUGUAAGUUUCCUCGACAUUGCAGUGCAUGGGCAAUGAAAGAACCACACUUCCCAUGCUGACCAUGUCCCCUGUGAGCUGUAAAUACAUCUGCAAUCCUUUUACACCAUCCUUCAGCCAGAAAAGGCUACCAAAGUAGCUAAAUGAAAGGCCGAUGUGAUGUUUGGUGUAGCUGGGUCCUAAGUUCAGCCAGCAUCAAUGUAGCUGGAGAAUUAUCCAACCAUGUUGCUGCUACCGAAGCGUUGCCCAAUAAGAACAACUAAAAUGGGAUUGUCUCUGGUCCUUGGUGGUGAGUUGAAGGUUCUGUGCUUGGGCCACCACUUCCUAAUCUUUCAAGACAGGGGUUGUAACUUGUGGCCCUCCAGAUAUUUUGACCUACAACUCCCAUCAACCCUUGCCACAGGUUGCUGGCUAGGGCAGUAUGAGUUGCAGACCAAAACCUCUGGAGAACUGCAAGCUUUAAAUGAAGAAUUCCAGUCAGUUCACUUAGGUGUCCUUGCUCCAUUUUCUUCUAGAGGGAAGUUUAUUUUGUGGUACAUGAUGAAAUAAACAUUUGAUUCCUUGGUUUGUA